GCGCCUAGCCCCUGUUUCGCAGCUCUGUAGUCUAACAAAAAAAUUUUUCUUCCUAUUUUUCUGUUUGUUCUUUCCCUCCAAGCAUUUCAUUCGCGCAGAGCCUAGGGUUAGGGGGUGUGGAUUCAAGCUUUCAAUCCAUAAAUUCCAAGAUUCAGCUUUUCCCACCUGUGUCAAAUACCGCCAUUUCUCUUAUGUCUAAUUUGAUCUCUGUAUAGACAUUUUUCCUUUUGUAAUUGAUUUCUUGAAAGUUUCAGAUCAUCAAAAGGGUUCAUUAUACGACAGAUUUUAGGUAUUCUAUAGUUGUUCUAGGAAAAAAAAGAGAACUGAAUCUGAUGGAUAAGAAAAGAGUGGCGGUUCCACUUGUGUGCCAUGGUCAUUCUCGCCCUGUUGUGGAUUUGUUUUACAGUCCAAUCACUCCAGAUGGCUUCUUCCUCAUCAGUGCGAGCAAGGAUUCUAGUCCCAUGCUUAGAAAUGGAGAGACUGGUGAUUGGAUUGGAACGUUUGAAGGGCAUAAGGGUGCAGUGUGGAGUUGCUGUUUGGACACUAAUGCUUUACGGGCUGCUUCUGGUUCUGCUGACUUUACUGCGAAAGUGUGGGAUGCAUUAACUGGGGAUGAACUGCAUUCAUUUGAACACAAACACAUUGUUCGAGCUUGUGCAUUUUCAGAGGAUACUCGCCUUCUGCUCACUGGGGGAGUGGAGAAAGUCCUUCGCAUUCUUGAUUUGAGUCGUCCAGAUGCACCUCCAAGAGAAGUUGAUAAGUCUCCUGGCUCGGUGAGGACUGUUGCAUGGCUUCACACUGAUCAGACGAUACUAAGUUCUUGCACUGACAUGGGGGGUGUGAGACUAUGGGAUGUUAGAAGUGGAAAGAUAGUGCAAACACUUGAGACCAAAUCAUCUGUAACCAGUGCCGAAGUGAGUCAAGAUGGUCGAUAUAUAACAACUUGUGAUGGUUCUACAGUGAAAUUUUGGGAUGCAAACCACUUUGGGUUAGUGAAGAGCUACAACAUGCCUUGCACAGUAGAAUCAGCUUCAUUGGAACCCAAGUACGGGAAUAAGUUCAUUGCUGGAGGAGAAGAUAUGUGGAUUCAUGUAUUUGAUUUUCAUACUGGCGACGAGAUAGCAUGCAACAAGGGUCAUCAUGGUCCUGUUCACUGUGUGCGUUUCUCACCUGGAGGGGAAUCAUAUGCCUCUGGAUCUGAGGAUGGAACCAUCAGAAUAUGGCAGACAGGCCCUUUGACACAUGAUGAGAAUGUGGGAUUCACAGCAAAUGGAUCAAUUGGAAAUGUGAGCGUAACAGCGGAAGAAGUUUCUCGCAAGAUUGAGGGCUUCCACGUUUCGGAAGAUGGGAGGGCCAAAGAAAAGGAAGAAGCAGGGAAGGACUGAUGCAGGGAAAGAUUGGCCUCGUCUUUUUAUUUGCUGUUUGUUUUGGUUUGGUGGGUGUGUUGGCUGUCGUUGGCAUGAGGCUGACGUGUAUAGGUUAGCCUCAAUCUAUAGGGUUUAAGACCCCCCUAAUUUUUGUACAAGGCCUAAAGUAAUGCAUUAAAUAGAUAGGCUGGACCAUAUUGUUUUGUAUUUUAACAAGCUUUAAAAUCGAUCUCCCAAGUCUCUCUA